AUGCGGUGGUUCAAGAAAGGUGAGCCGCCGCGGCUGCUUGCUGUUUCACCGGAGGCAGAGUCUAGAUCUACACGAAGAUCAAGAAUAGAUAUGUCUCCAGUGAACUAUUCUAAUAGGAAAAGUAGCAGUAGUUCCGUGGAAACAAAUUUUUACAAUUUAAGCGACCAAAUAAUAAUUGUAGAAAAAUCUCCCCACCCAUGUCAUCGAAGCUGUGAAACUCCAGUAACACGUAGAAUAUCAUUGCAAAAUGGAACCACUUCACCAGAAGAAAGUCACAACACUAGUCGCAAAAACCGCGGAGGUUCUUUAGAGAAAGAAUACGUGGUGUAUAGAGAAAAACGAAACCCGUUACUUGAUAAGGUUAAAAAUACUAAAUUAUCGUGUUUUAAGUCUAACGCCCAAAUUAAACAUGGAGAUGACGCUGCUUCCACGUCAGGAAGUGACUGUAGUGGAUUCGGUCAUGUUGAAGAAAUAGCAAAUUGUCGCUUUACCGAUAAUUACCCAGAACACACUGAAUUCGAAAAUCACAACCCUUGGGUCAAAAUGCAACAUUAUGAUGACGAUGUGUUCUUUGCGAAAAGCCCUGUAGAAUAUAAUUGGCGAGAAGGCAAAUCAUUUACUAACAGGGGAACUAGAUGUUAUAGUUCUGGUUCAGAAUGUGAUCGAUAUCAUGUUAUACCAAAAGCUGCAACAAAACUUUCUAAAUCGAGUGAUCAAAUAUUUAAUGACGACUAUGAAUCAUAUGAAAAUAAAUCAACGAUUAACAUUAAUUCUCACAAUAAGACUGAGAAACUCAAACACAAAGAUGAAAAAGAUACAAUUGGUCCUAGUUCCUGUCUUUCCGCUAAACUGCGUGCUAUGUCAGACAGAUAUCUUAAAUCUUCUACAAAUAAAUUUUUUUCUAAGUUAUAUAAACAAGCCGGUGAAGAUGACCAUGCAACGCGUGGUGAAAACGAUAAUAUAGCGAAGUCAACCAGUGCAAUAAGUAAAGGUCGAAAGAAAAGGGGUGGUGUGCGAGCUAAGCUAAGAAGUUUUUCUUAUGGAGCUUUGCCUGGACUAGAUGAAUUCCAAAAAGGCCAUAACUCUGUAUUUCAUGAUGAUGUUUAUCAAGUUUCAUGCGAUGAUGAGAAUGUUUUGAUACAAGACUGUGAAGAUGCAGAUUCGGGUAUUCUAGUCAAUGAAUCAGCAGCAUCGUCCAUAUUUGACAGCGACAGAAUAUCUUCACGAUGUGAAAGUUCUGCUUCUCAUUCAAACCCACAAAUAUCUUGUCACAGCCGCAGUGUUUCUGGUGAUCAAACUUAUACAAAAGUUCGUGUGUCAAAUAGAAGAAGCAGAGAAAAAAGUGAGCACCCCAAGCCUAGAUUACGUCAUAAUCAAAGAGCUUUGUCAUUAGAUCGGAAAGAAAUACUCAGAAGAAUGCCUAAAAAUUCUGAGUACGCUGAACCACAAUUUUUACAGUUAACUGAAAAACAAAGGAUGCGACAAAGAGAUGCUAGUCAAGGUGACUGUGGAAUACCCCCUAUACCCCCAUGCCGAAAACCUGCCAAAUCUGGUUCCAGUAAAGUACAAUCAGAAUUUAAAGUCGUUAGAAUAAUGAGAAAAAGUCCUUAUGACGAACUAGGAAUAUUUAUUGCAAAAACUAAACUAUUAGAUGAGGGCCAUAUUGGAUAUUUAGUGGCUCACGUUGUUCCCGAUGGAUUAGCUGAUAGAGAAGGGACAUUACGCGUUGGUGACGAACUCCUUAACGUAAACGGUAGAAGACUUCGUGACCUUACAAUGUCAGAAGCCAAAGAAGCUUUACGAUCAGGAACAUCUGAAAUCGACAUUGUUAUCUGUAGGCAACGGGAAAAAGCAACUCCGGAAUUAAGACAAAGUGAACAGUCGCAAAGAAACGUCAUGUUAAUGCGAGAAAGUUCCGUAGAUUACGAAAACGCAAUAAUAUUAGGUAAGGAAAAACGUAACGAUAAAUAUGAUAUCAGAAUAGAUCCACGUCAUUCCCAGGACGAAUCCUCGUGUAAUCGCGGCGCGCUAUCAACUCCGGACGAAGCGGACGGCGCGGACACGCACUCCCGCUUCCUGAAAGGACAGAACGCGAGCUAUAGCAGUAUGAACAACAAAUUACUGCGUCGACAAGUCGUUAGUUAUGGUGGUGUGAAUAAAGACGGAUUGAUACUCAGCUGUACGGGCGAUGUUGUUGACGUUGAUGUACCCGACGGUGUUGAACGAAGUACAGAAAAACAAGAAGGUGAAGGUGAUGUACAUACUCAAAACACCACAAGUUUUUGCACACUACCUCGAAGACCUCGGGCUCCAACGCAUACGUAUCAUACGAUUACGUUUGAAAAGGGUCAUGGAAAGAAGCCACUAGGCUUCACUAUUGUUGGAGGACGUGACUCUCCUCGAGGUCCUUUAGGAAUUUUUAUAAAAAGCAUCCUUCCCCAAGGUCAAGCGAUUGAUGAUGGAAGACUCAAAGCUGGUGAUGAAGUAUUGGCUGUUAAUGGGCAGGCAUGUCACGAGCUAGCACACGUGGAAGCUCUCGCUCUCUUCAAAUCUGUGCGAUCUGGAUCUAUCGAACUUAGAGUGUGUCGCAGAGUGAAGAACCAAUCUACCAAAGCCAAAUCCUGCACAGAUCUGCUUAAUGACGACGAUUGAAGUUAACCAAAUAAAUCGUAAAUGAUAUCAUAACUUAGAGUGUAAUUACAAAAUAAAAAAUAGACCUAUAGAACUUUAAAUCACUGUAAAGUAAAAAGGUAAACGAGUCUAAGGACUAGUAUCGUCAAAAACACUUAAUAUCACCUUGCUAAAAACUUCAGAAAAUCUAUUGAUACUCAACGGAGAAACCAUGAAGUACUAACCAGCUGUAGAUGUUAUUUAACUAGGAGCAGUAGAUAUACCUAUAUAAUAAAAUAUUAAAUUUGAUAGAAACUAUUCUAUGGUUCAGAUUUUACUUAAGUUUAUGUAUGUAAAACGUACCUGCGUUUUAUUAUUCAUGAAAAAUAUAAAACACAAUCUCUUGGAUCUUAGAUCAUAAUAAAAAUAAUACUUUUUCAAAACACUUACUGUAUUAUCUGUUACAUUUAGUGAAAAUACAUAUAAUAACAGCUAUUUUGUAAUGAUUGAUGAUUUGAACCAAUUGUGCCAUUUAAGAUAUAAAACACAAUGUCAGCUAAAACUUAUUUAUAAUUUUUUUAUAAUUAUAGUAUAUAAAACGAUUGUAUGUACUAUUUUAUCUAAAUUGAACGUCAAACCUGUACCUGAAGUUUUUUUUUUUUUUUCAAUUUAUGGAGCAGCUCAAUCAAUUUGCACAUUCUUAAAUAAGAUUUAUCCCAAAGAUAAAAUUAGGUAACUAAUGUACAAUCAUUUACUUUUGUAGAAAAAUACACCUUCCUUCGUCCUACAAAUAGAACAGUUGAUAUUUUUCUUAAAAAUAUUGUAUUUACAUGAAAUUAGUUUCACAAUAAAUUUAGGGCUUGUUAAGACUAUGAAUGUAAGUCAGUCUAUAAUACAUAUAUAUCAAUUGCGGUUCGUUUGUCUCGCUAAAACUCGAAAAUGGCUGGACCGAUUUGACUAUUUUAGAUCUCGAAAUAUUUAUGGAAAUUCAGGAAGGGUUUAAACGGUGAGAAACAAAUAAUAAGUAACGGAAAAUACUAAAAACGACAAUUUAAUUUUUCUAUACAGAAUGUUCCUAGCUGUGACUAAAAUUUGAGGUCUUUUGUCUUAUUAAAAAUAAAAAAAUUGUCACUUGGUUGUCAAAUAUUUAUAGGUGCGUUCAGAAGGUCUCUUGUCUUUUUAGAAAUAAAAAAUUGUCAAUUAGUUGUCAAAUAUAUUGAUAGAUUUUAAUAA